CCAGAAUGCAUUGUAUCACAAACUGCACGCGCGAAAGAUGCUUUCUGUAGUUAGGGAUUGUUGGAAACUGUGUAAUUUAAACUUCACUGCGACAUUAAGCAAAUCUUGGAGCUACAGAGGCCAGUAAUGACCACAAGCAACAGCUGUUCAGUUCUUAAAGAUGUCGUUGCCUAUGUUGAUGUGUGGUCAUCAGACAAAACAGCAAACUAUUCAAAACCAUUCAUUCAGCAGCUGCAGGAAAUGGGAGCUCAGGUAUCAAAAACAUUCAAUAAACAAGUCACACAUGUAGUCUUCAACAAUGGUCAUCCAGCUACAUGGAGAAAAGCCAAGAAAAGUGAUGUGAGGCUUGUCUCUGUUCUCUGGGUAGGCAGAUGUUACGACGACGGAGUGCAUGUGGAUGAGGAGUUGUAUCCAGCCUUAAAUGAUGAAAGCAAUCCUGUGUUGAAGAACAAGAAACAUCGCUGCAUGCGGCCAAAAGAUUCUCCAGAGAGGACACCUGAAAAUGACAGACGCAUGAGGAAGAAAUUAGACAAGAUGAUGAAAGACCUUGCUCCGAAACAACCUCUGGUUACAGAUGUGUCACCCAUCAUCAUCGACGAAGAGAGUGGAAUAGUCUAUAGCCCUGCUUUGAAAAGAUCGGAUUAUAUGGCACAACGUUUGAAAGACAUGAAAGAGAAGCGGGAAAACCUCUCACCCACUGCUUCACAAAUGGUUGAAUCCUGCUCACCCACUGGGCUGAAGCCUUCUCUUGGGAGCACACCAACUGUCUUCAAAUUAAUGUUUGACCAGUCAGAUGAGGAUUCCAGUGCUUCUGUUGCUGAACCUGGUUGCUCACCUGAUAAAGGAGCAGCGAGAACACAAGUAGAUGUUACUGACCAUGGACAUCUUGAAAAAUGCCACAGGAAAGGCUCUGAAAAGCCCUGGCUUUCACCCUGUUGUGAUGUGCCUUUGAAAUGUCCUGACUUGGAGGACGAAGAGGACAAAGAUGGGAACAGACAAAAAAAUUCAAGAAGGACCUCAGCCAGGAAAAAGACAGCAGAGAAACAGAAAUCCCUAGGUUUAUUAGAAAGUCCUUGCCUGGAUACGAGAUCUGAUAAGAGAAGAUCUGGCAGGAACUUUAGUAAAGAUAAAAGUCAGUCACAGAUAAAGUCAUCCAGCCCAUCACCUGACAAAUCUGAAAAGGGAAAGCGAAAAAUGAAAGCAACUAAAUCUUUUGCAGAGACCAAGACCAGUAAUUGUCCUGAUGAUGUGAAUUCUUUUAGAUGCUCCUCGUCAGCAGCCACGUCAGAUGAUGCUGCAGUGGAACUGUCAAAAGUAGCUGCUACCUCGUUACAGAAACUGGAACAGAAAAUACCCAAACGAGCCAGACCAUCACUUUCUGCCUUGGUACGGCCUUUCACUGUAUCUGGUGAAUCUCAAGGUGUUGCCUCAGCUUCCACUGAUGGAGAUGAUAACGUGUUUGAGGACUAUUUCUCUCCGGCUAACCACCACCAGAGGUCAAGAAGACCUCUUUUGUCUAAUCUACCUGUGGAGAAAGACAGUGACAUUCCUUUUGAGUUGGCCUCUGUCCCACAGAAGAGAAAACAAAGAAGAAGUGAAAGCAUUGGAUUUGAAACUAACAGUAAAAAGAAGAGGAAACUGGAAGAAAGUGGCAAAAAUCACAAUCAGCAAUCUGAUGCAAGUCAUCCACAACAGGAUGUUAAAGAAACUGCACAUCUACUGGAUAGUCCAAGCACCAGUCUAAUACUCGUGUCUAAAAGGCGAAGACAGAGCACCUUACCGUUUACAAGCACGAGCACAAGGGAGGGAACAACAAGGGAUGCAGUAAAACAGAGAAGAGUGUCUACGGUAUCGGUGCGGCAGAAAAACUCUGAUGUCAGUGUCCUUUCUCACACCUCGGAAAGUAGAGGAAAUGAAUGUACAGUUGCAGCUGGUAUAACAGAGAUCCCCUCCGAAGACAAGGAAAAUUGCGAUAAGCAAGUCAGCUUGAUCCUUCAGAGAAUGGUCAACAAAACAAAGCAUAUGAGAACAUUGGUGAUGACAAGCAUGCCCACUGAGCAGCAGCACACGGUGGUUCAGGUGGUGCAGGCACUGGGUGGUUUUUCAAUCGUUGACCGAGUUUGUGAGAGCACAACUCAUGUGGUGUCUGGGGGUCACCGGCGGACUCUCAAUAUACUGUUGGGCAUAGCUCGUGGCUGCUGGAUCCUCUCUUUUGAAUGGAUUCUCUGGUGUUUAGAGCAAAGGCAGUGGAUUCCAGAGGAACCAUAUGAACUUUCAGACCAAUUUCCAGCAGCACAGAUCUGUCGUCUACAGAGGCACCUGUCUGCCGGGGAGCACCAGCAGGACCUGUUCCAAGGCCAGCCAGCCAUGUUUGUGUCCCAGCACUCCCAGCCGCCCACUCAGAGUCUAGUGGAGCUGAUCCAGCUCUGUGGAGGAACAGUCUGCAAAACUGUGCGGCAGGCGGGUAUCUGCAUAGGGAGGUACAACGGCAGGAGACCAGAGGGAAGCAGGAUACUGUCUGAGCAGUGGGUGCUGGAUAGUAUCACACAUCUGAAGCAGCUGUCAUAUGAUAACUACGAUUUGGAGUGAAAGCUGAUGAAUUUUCUUUUUUGACUGUGAAGUUUAGUUUUAUAAAUUUUAUCUUGGACAGUGGCAAGUCACGUCACACAUACCGUCUUUUAGCUUUUUCUUACAAUGUCCCUCCUGUGCAAGUUUGUCGUUGUGAUGUGUUAGGAGGCUUUACGUAAAUCCUCUUUUGUUUCUGAAGAUUUUUAGUCCCUGGUUACCACUGAAACCUGUUACUUCGAAAGACUGCUUUAACAUAUACUGCAUGUUGAUCUGUUAUGAAUUGCAGUUUUUUUCCCCAUAAUGUAGCGACCACUACUGUGUGUGUGUGUGUGUGUGUGUGUGUGUGUGUGUGUGUGUGUGUGUGUGUGUAGUAGGUAUAGUAGAGCAUGUUUUUCACAACAAAUGAGUAUGUGAUUGAGCCUCAUUCUUUUACAUUCAUUAAAAUGUGAUUUUAAAAAUACUUUCCAAGCCAGUUCAAUACUCUAAUGGAGAUAAAAUACUGAAUCUUUUAUAGAAAUGUUUUGUGAUGUCAUUGUUAAUUAAAGCUUUUUUUAAAUGUU